AUGUCUCAACUAUCACGCCAGCCUCCUUCACUGUACCAUGUCUCAACCAUCACGCCACCCUCCUCCACUGCACCAUGUCUCAACCAUUACGCCACCCUCCUCCACUGUACCAUGGAUCAACCAUCACUCCACCCUCCUCCACUGUACCAUGUAUCAACCAUCACGCCACCCUCCUCCACUGCACCAUGUCUCAACCAUUACGCCACCCUCCUCCACUGCACCAUGUCUCAACCAUCACGCCACCCUCCUCCACUGUACCAUGUCUCAACCAUCACGCCACCCUCCUCCACUGUACCAUGGAUCAACCAUCACUCCACCCUCCACCACUGUACCAUGGAUCAACCAUCACUCCACCCUCCUCCACUGUACCAUGUCUCAACCAUCACUCCACCCUCCUCCACUGUACCAUGGAUCAACCAUCACUCCACCCUCCUCCACUGUACCAUGUCUCAACCAUUACGCCACCCUCCUCCACUGUACCAUGUAUCAACCAUUACGCCACCCUCCUCCACUGUACCAUGUAUCAACCAUCACUCCACCCUCCUCCACUGUACCAUGUCUCAACCAUUACGCCACCCUCCUCCACUGUACCAUGUCUGGUCCAUCAUGCCACCCUCCUCCAUUGUACCAUGUCUCAACCAUCACGCCAGCCUCCUCCAGUGUACCAUGUCUCAACCAUCACUCCACCCUCCUCCACUGUACCAUGCAUCAACCAUCACCCCUCCUCUAGUGUACCUUAUCUCAACCAUUACCCCUCCUCCACUGUGUCAUGUCUGA